AUGACAAUUGAUGACAAAUACUACAAUAGGACAACCAGCAAUGCCAUGGCUCGAAGGAACAUAUUAGCAGACGAUCAGUUAGCUCUCCCAGCUAAGCUCUCAGCACGAGCUCGAACAAAACUGGUUGUGACUUUUGAUGAGGCAUACUACUACAAGUUGGUGCCUUCAAAAAUUGCUAUCCCAGUUGAAGACUUGUGUGAAGAGAAGCCUUUGAUUUUCUUGCCUUUCAGGCAUCACCAACGUAAUCGCGCUGGACGUUUUACUUUCUUUCGGCUUGGUCAAACAGUGAGCUUUUACUCUUACAGAGUCUUACACACUUGUCUUGGACUGUAUAGAGAUGUUGUGAUUAAUGCCACUCCUCAUAACUCACCAUAUGAAAAAGAAAAUGUGCAGCCAUGGUACUCCUUUUUUCAGGAUGUCGUAGGAGCAAUCGAUGGUACACAUAUUGCUUCGUAUGUAUCUUUAGAGGAGCAAGGUAAAUAUCACAAUAGAAAGCAAGUGUUUUCCCAAAAUGUUUUAGUAGCUUGCACAUUUGAUAUGAAAUUUACGUACGUGCUUGCCGGUUGGGAGGGAUCCGUACAUGAUGUUCGAUUGUUACUGAGUGCAAUAUUAUGCCAAGGACAUAAGCUAACAAUUCAUGUUGGUAAAUAUUAUCUUGUUGACGUUGUCUUCCCAUCGGUUUCGAGUUUUCUUGCACCAUAUCGUAGGACUCAUUAUUAUCGUAGAGACAUUGAAGGUCAACGUCCUGAAAGUAGUAAGGAAUUUGCAUAUUUGAGACAUCAAUCCUAUCACGACAUUGACACACAAGCAAAGAUAGUCCUUGUCUGUUCUGCCAUCCACAACUUCUUAAGGAUUGACGACGUUGAAGAUGUUUGUGAGGAUGACGACGUAGAUAAUAGUGAUGAUGAGGUUAACCCUACGCAUGUUGAUAUACCUGAAGAUGAAACUCCAAAUGCUCACAUAUCUUUCACAAAUCAGGAAGUAUGGUCUAAUAAGAGGAAUGCGAUUGCUGAUUUAAUGUGGGCUGAUUAUCUUCCCAAUCAGAAUGCGGGAAUUGAUUUUGAUUGA